GCGGUGGCGGCCGCCGGAAGCGGCGCGGGGCCGGCGGCUGCAGCGCGGUGCGGCUGCGGAGCGGCUCCGGAUCCUUCAGCUCCUCUCCCCUCCCUCGCCCCCAUGAGCGGGCUCCGAGCGCUGCGCGGCGCGGCGGGGACGCCGCUGCCCACCCGCCUGCUCCUGCUGGGGCUGCUCCUGCCGGGGCUGCUCCUGGCCGCUGCGGGCGGCGAGCAGGAGGCGACGGCGGCGGUGGCAGCGGUGGGAGGGCGGCGGGGGUCGCGGGCGGGCGGCCCCCCUGCCUCCUCCUCCUCCUCCUCCUCCUCCUCUGCGGCGGACACCGCGGCGGUUGUGGCAGAUCCCUGCAGUUCCCUCAGCCCACCAUGCUUUACUGAGGAGGACCGAUUCAGCCUGGAAGCUCUCCGCAUGAUACAUAAGCAAAUGGAUGACGACAAAGAUGGUGGUAUUGAAGUAGAUGAAAGCGAUGAGUUUUUAAGGGAAGAUAUGCAGUAUAAGGAUGCCUCGAAUAAACAUAGCCACCUACACAGAGAAGACAAGCAUAUUACCAUUGAGGAUCUAUGGAGACGCUGGAAAACAUCUGAAGUUCAUAACUGGACUCAAGAGGAUACCCUUCAGUGGCUGUCAGAAUUUGUUGAACUGCCCCAAUACGAGAAGAAUUUUAGAGACAGCAAUGUCAAUGGAACAACACUUCCCAGGAUAGCAGUAAAUGAACAUGCUUUCAUGAUCUCUCACCUCAAAAUAAUUGACCGGAGCCAUAGACAGAAACUUCAGCUUAAAGCCUUGGAUGUUGUUUUAUUUGGACCUCUCACACGUCCCCCUCACAACUGGAUGAAAGAUUUUGUAUUAACAGUUUCUAUAGUUAUUGGUUUUGGAGGCUGCUGGUUUGCAUAUACUCAGAACAGAACCUCCAAAGAACACAUCACAAAAAUGAUGAAGGACUUGGAAAGUCUCCAAACAGCAGAACAAAGUCUUCUUGACUUGCAGGAAAGGCUUGAGAAGGCACAGGAGGAGAAUAGAAAUGUAGCUGUGGAAAAGCAAAAUCUGGAGCGCAAAAUGAUGGAUGAGAUCAAUGAUGCAAAACGAGAAGCUCAUCGCCUAAGGGAGUUGAGGGAGGGAGCUGAAUGUGAGCUCAGCAGGCUCAAAUAUGCAGAAGAAGAGCUAGUACAGGUUCGCAUGGCUCUAAAAAAGGCUGAGAAGGAAUUUGAGCUGAGAAGUAACUGGUCUGUUCCUGAAGCUUUACAGAAGUGGCUUCAGUUAACACAUGAAGUUGAAGUACAAUAUUACAAUAUCAAAAGACAGCAUGCAGAAAUGCAAUUAACAAUCGCCAAAGAUGAGGCAGAAAAGAUAAAAAAGAAGAGAAGCACUGUAUUUGGAACAUUACAUGUUGCACACAGCUCCUCACUGGAUGAAGUGGACCAUAAAAUCCUUGAAGCAAAGAAGGCACUCUCUGAGUUGACAACCUGUUUACGAGAGCGUCUUUAUCGAUGGCAACAGAUUGAGAAGAUUUGUGGUUUUCAAAUUGCACACAACUCUGGGCUACCGAGCUUGACCUCCUCUCUGUACUCUGAUCACAGCUGGGUAGUUAUGCCUCGAGUUUCCAUUCCUCCUUAUCCAAUUGCAGGGGGAGUUGAUGACUUAGAUGAAGAUACUCCUCCAAUAGUUUCACAGUUUCAUGAGAAAAAUGACAAAUGCACACGAGGAAGGACAGAAGCAAAAUGGCUUGUCUCACUCAUGAGGCUUCAGGCAAAAGGCAGUAUGCAGACAGGGUCCAUUGUAAAACCUCCCAGCACACUGGCAAGAAGCAGUAGCUUGUGUCGAUCAAGACGCAAUGUUGUGCCAUCAUCUCCACAGUCUCAGCAUGCUUUGCACUCCCCUGACCCUGACAUCCUUUCUGUGUCGAGCUGCCCAGCUCUUUAUCGAACUGAAGAGGAGGAGGAAGCCAUUUACUUCUCUGCUGAUAAACAAUGGGAAGUACAGGAAGCAGGUUCAGAAUGUGACUCCUUAAAUUCAUCCGUUGGAAGGAAGCAGUCUCCUCCAUCUAGUCUUGAGAUGUACCAGGCACUUUCUCCUCAGAAAGUAUCCCGGGAAGAACUCUCACUGGAGGAAUCAUCUACAGGAGACUCCUCUUCUCUAACUGCAGAUAUAUCUAGGGGCUCUCCUGACUGUGUAGGCAUGGCAGAAACUAAGAGCAUGAUUUUUAGUCCUGCCAGCAAAGUUUAUAAUGGAAUCCUGGAGAAGUCCUGCAGCAUGAACCAGCUUUCAAGUGGGAUCCCAGUCGUAAAGCCUCGGCACACCUCGUGUUCUUCAGCCAGUAGUGACAGUAAACCCAGCCAUGAAGCUUCUUCUGUCCCUAGGAUAAGUAGCAUCCCACAGGACCUGUACCAAAAUGGUGAAAAAAACAAAAAGCCAUCAAAAAUAAAAAGCCUCUUUAAGAAGAAGUGUAAGUGAGGUGGGCAGAAGAAGCCUUGUAGUAAUGUUAUAAGUACUGUUUUUUAAAUCUUUAGGAAUGUAAUUCCAUUUGAGCAUUCCAGACUGGAUGCGCUAAUGGAAUACUCUGUAGGUGGAUUCUAUUUAACUGACUCUGCUGUCAAAGUUUGUGCCAGCUGUCAAUGAGAAAUCAUUAAAAGUUUCAGACAGUUUACAUUCAUUUCUGCCUAUUUAUUUCUCUUUUUUUAGUUUAUUCAUAAACCUUUUUUAAGCCACUUUGGACUUACAAGCUUUAAUGAACUAGUAAGCCCUCCUGGGCUUGCCAAAGUUUCUUGUUUACCAGAGCAUCUUCCUAUCUUUCCAUAGAGCUACAACAUUUAUCUACUGGACUUCAAGAAAAAUAAAAGAACUAAUUGAAUUGCACUACUGUUUUACAGACUGGAAAAGUCUCUCUGCAAGUGAAACUGAAAGACUUGUAUUUGAGGAGAUGAAUCUUUUCACUUUUAGAUCUUUGGGGUUUUUAAGUAGAACCUAGAAUUUCUAAUUGACUUGAUUUCUGGAAAUGGAAAUGCCACGCUUUUAUUAUGGGAAGCUUUGUUAGAUGCAUUUAUUAUUAGAAUGGUUCAAGUCCUGCUGUAAAGAUCAUGUUUUUCCCAGGACUUUCACUGUGAUUUCACUUCACUGCAGGCUGUAUGAUAAAUAUAUAUAUAUAUAUAUAUGUAAUUUAACAAGAGAAGAGGCUCUUGAUUCCUUAUGCAAGUGAUGGAUAUGAAACUUGACCGAGGACUAAAAAUAUUCACUCUCUUAAAACGAGGAGUUGGGGGUAGUAGCUUUUGUUUACAGACUGACAGACAAUGGACAUUCGGUUUGUGAAAGUUUUGUACUGUGGUAAAGAUAAUAAAUUGGAAACAUUAUUGUGCUUGGGAAUGUUCCAAUUUUAGCUAAUGCUUGUUUCAGAAGUCCUGUUUAUUGAAAGCUGUUGUAGGCUACAUUGCUUAUGCUUACUGCUGUGUAUAAGUUAUUGUUAUAUUUUUUGGAUUAGCUAUUAAUGUCUUAAUGUCCUCCUUUUGUAAGAUUUCAUACACUUUAUUUUUGUAUAGUUUGAAGAUUUAGCUGUUCAGACAUGUCUGAAGUAAAUGGUAUAAUUUUAUAAUGCAUACUGUUAUACUAACUCAUAAUUUUAGAUAUAAAGAUAGCUAUAAAGGUGAGACUCGACAUGCUUCAGAAAAGUUUUUGUUGAGCUUUUAUACGGAGAGAUGAAGUUACUAAGAGAUAAUAAGGAAGCCUUCUUAGGGCAACAGUAGCUAGUUGCUUGAAAACCAUUUUUUUUUUCCAACAGUUGGAGACAACAAAUGUACUGCUUGAGUAACAGUGCCUUUUAUUCAGUUUGUCUGAAAACGUUAAUACUGAGCAGGAAUUUAUUUUGAGGUACAUUCCAAAGAAAUACUUCUUGCUCUAAUGAACACAAGCAAUUUACCCAGCGAUGACUAAAUAGUUUCAGCUCUUCCAUAGGGGUAUGCUAGUUGCCUCAGUAACAGGUGCCACUGCCAGCAGCCUGUGAUCAGGGGCUCAUUCCUCGACAAUAUGUACAUGCUGUACUGUAUGAAAGAAUUAAUUCACUGAUUGCCUAAUCUUUUUUUGCUAGUAAGGAGCCUUCAACAAAACCUGUAGCUAAUUGAAAUUGAAAUGAUACAUGUUUUUCUAUAAUUUUCUAUUUAGGUUCCAUUGUACAUAAACGAUGUGUCAGUUCUGUCCUUAAUAAGUGGUGGUGAUGUUAACAGAAGCAUUUACUGUGGCUAGUGAAAUGGUUAGAAGAGGAGGGUUAGAAGAAGAGAUGGAGAUGCUACCUAUGCAAGUACCUUAAAAGUCCUGGAACAUUUGGAUUCUUCCUGUUCUCUUACAGAAUUAAUCAGAUUUUUUUUUUUUACUGUAUGAAAAUGAAUGUCAUCUAUAUAAAUAAGCAUAGGGCAAAUAAAAGAUUUGGUAAAGUUUGGAGAAGAGACAAAUUGGUGGAAUAGUAAGUAAGGAAAUCUCAUUGUCCCAUUCUCUGAAUCAUCACUGAACAACAGUGGCUGCAAAAGUAGUCAUCACAAGGCAGCAAUGGUGUCUUUAAACUAAGAUUGUGCACUCUGUACAUGUUAGACUGUCCAAAGGCAGCUAUGCAAAGACUUGUGCCAGAGAACCACCUCACUGCUGAGACUUCAGAGUUGUAGUUAAAAGCCUGAUGAAGUACUUUAACCUGUACAAAGGGGAAAUGCAUAAAAUUAAGGCACUUCUUUUGGCUCCACAACAGCACAGAAAAGAAUACCACCAAAACUGUUCAAUUUUGAUGUCUGCACUUAAGAAGGCUAUAGCAAUAAUUAAGGUUUGGGGCUGGAUAGUAGAUCUUGUGGUGUAACAUUUGAGGAGUUCUGUCUCUGUCAUUACCAAAGAAGAUAAAGCAGCUUUUUGAUACUGGAGAGUAAAUAUAUGUACACAUGGGGAAAAAAAAUAAAAUAUCUGGUACUGAGGAGCGGGAGGACAGCACUUUCUUAAUCCUGACAUCAAAGUCAUGCAAGCUCAAAUACAGAGAAGCCAAAACAGACAAAUCCAGUGUUCUAUAGUAACAAAAACUGAAACAGAGGUAGUGAUAAGUUCUUCAUUAGCUGUGAAUUUUUAAUGUUAAGUAUCUUUUCUGAAAUAGACAAUUUAAUCAACUUCUAGGGAAAAAAGAUGACGUUGUACAAACAAAAUUAUCAUAGGUAUGAGAGGUUUUGGCUUUAUAGUGGCAAACUUUUGGAGCACAGACUGCUCUCAACACUCAGAUUAUCACCAGCAGUCCUGGAACUUUAUAGCUGCUACUUAAUAAAUAUAGUAGAACUAAAAACUUAAUAUGAUCAGAAGUGGUGAGUAUUGGAUGUUGGAGCAUAAACUGUAAUUGGUGUUAAGUUCAAAGCUUUUUUUCAUUAUUUUAAUAGAAUACUUAUACUUUUUGCCACCUUAAUUUGUCCACAAUCUAAGUGACUUGCAUUGCUGCUAUUAUGGCUACUGUAGACAUGUUUGUCUUCAAACCUGUAGCAUCUUUUUUCUUGUCCACUAGAAAAAAUAAAAUAAUUUGGCUUCUACUUGUUUUUGGUAAGGUAGAGAAAGGAUAUAAGAAGGAAAUGUAUGUAGAGAUCACUGAUACCAGGAUAGAUCCUCACUGGUAGACAUCAAAUCCUGCCUUAAUGCUGAAGUACCUGGCAUAUGUCAACAUCUCAGGAGCUGAUGUGCUUUAAAAGGUCCUCCAAGUUUUUCCUGUUUUUGCCUAGUGCAAUUUGAACUAGUUGGCAGUCACUGUCCAUAAGGGUUCCUGUAAGACGUUAGAUAUCUGAGACUAUCUAGUGUCGUCAUUGCUUAGCAGCUCAGGACUUCCUAAGCUCUAAACUCAGAAUGGUUGUGAUCAGAGUAUAGAGUAUUUUUUUUUUUUAUUUUUAUAGCCAAAAUAUGUUUUAUUUUGAAUUCCUCCUUUCUCAGAAAAUAAGGAUCUUUGCUUUCUUAAAUGUAUUGUUAAAGAUUCAUUUGUCAGCACAGGGGCCCCUUUGUAGACACUGCCUAAAUGGUAACCUCUUCAGGGGGAAUCCUAAGUCUUUCACCUGAAAGAGGAAGAAAAGUCAAGUAUGUGAUUCUAUAUCAAGAAGUGUACUGACAAUCUAAAAAAAACGGGGGGGGGGGGGGGGGGGGAGGGAGGCAAAAAACCAACAAACUCCCAACCUUAUAGAACCAAACUUUUCCCUUGUUCGUACUGAAGACUGGGAUUUUUCUCUUCCCUAAUAAUACAAAAAACGUAGGAAAGUUGUUCCUGGUUGUGUGGGGAAUACCUUUGACUAGAUUAUUGCAAACCUUGAGAUGAAAGCAGUUGAUUCAUUUUCUGUGGUCAAUGAUGGAAUUUAAAGCUGCAUAUCUGUAGUUCCAGGCAUAUCAGUACAUUUUUCUUUCCCCAUUUCACUGAUACCUAGGCAGCAGAUUGCUUUCUGAUGGACAAUUUGCUGAAACAGGGAAGAUUCUCCAUCAUUGUCAUGGUUAUAAUGAUCCAUCCUCAUCUGGAAGACUUGGAGAUGGUGAACCCAAGAAGACUUCAGUUUGUUAUAUGUAUGGAUGCAAGCUUGAGUUAGGCAUUAAUUUUGACUGACUAAAAGCCUACAAAGACAAUGAGAAAUUAAGCUUACAGUAUUUUGCCGUUUUGCUUCUCAACAUGCGGGAAAGGAAUGUGCAGAGGAGAGAGAACUCCAAUUAGCAUUUCUCAUACCUCCAGCUUUUAGAGCUUCAGGAUAGUUUUAUUCCAUUACCAAGUUACAUUACUGAAGAAGGAUUGCUACCUUAAUUUUAUAAUGUAUGCGAAGAAGCAUUUAUUUUCCAUUUACUUACAAGCAAGGGAGAAGAAUGUAAAUAAACCUGAGUGUUUAACUUUUUUUUUUUUUAAAGCCAAAUAGAGGAAUCACUGGGUCUUGUACUUCUUUACUUGCUUAUCUCCUUGUACAAUAUGUUAAGUAUGAUGAACGAGGUUUUAUCAUCUGUUCCGGUUGCACUGACUGAAGUGAUGUGUGUUUGAAACACAGCUUGCUCAGAAUUUCUCUAAGCAUUUUAAUCCUGGGUAUUGCAUCUUCACUGAAUAAUGGUUAAGCCUGCUAAGGCUGUUUGAUUUCAAGUGCUGGUAAACUUUUCUGCUAGUGACUCUUAAACACUGACUUUUUGGUAUAACCAGUAACCAAAAAAGGCUUUUGCCUGUAGUGUUUGUGUGCUUGAUAGCAUGUAAAUGUUUAGGUAACAGUUCUUUUGAGGCUAUAGUGCCAAUUCAACAGUGUCAUACACAUUUUCAGUAGAUGGCUUUCCCUUCAAGGCCUUUUUGAGAUGGUGCUGGUCUGAAAUUCCACUUAGUCCUUUCUUGCAUAAACAGAAUGUACUGACUCGUAUAAAUUAAAUUUAUACUGUUAUUCCCAGUUGCUCUUGCAUCUGACAUCGCUUAAGCGAGAUGGCAGCACUCACCAAUCUGCUGUCUUUCAGCAAUAAAACGGAUGCAUUCCAUUGUUCACUCUCCAUCUGCGAGUCCCAGAGUCCCAUGCUUACCAAAUCUGGAGUGUGUGCUCUGUGUAUUUGAUGCUUCUCUGAAAUGAAAAGUGGUUAGGCUGGCCUCAGAUGUUAAGGGUGGCACAGGGGAAAAAAAAAAAUCCUUUUGCUCAUUGCAUAGGAUGAAAAAGAGUGCAAAGAUAUAUCACUUGCUUCUAAGUCACAAGACUGAAGAAUGCUCACAAUUUAUAUUGCUGGAGAUGAGAGGUACAUUCAAUCUCAAAACUUUCAGAUCAGUGACUUUGUCCAAGAAUUAACCUUUCUUCUGUAGAAAUUUGCAGGGCAUUAACUUGACAUUUCCAUUCUAUUUUCAAUCCAGCAUUAAAGUUGGUAGUUACAGCACUAACUUGUGAUCGUCAGAGCUGUUUCAGGUAAUGAUUUCAGUAGUGUGUCUUAAAGCUGACUUCAGUUUAGUAUGUGUUGAAGAAAUCUGAAUUAACUCUUUCUCCUUUACAUUCCUUUUACUUUAGUUCAGCUCAGUUCUUUGUGAUCUUCUACUGUUAUAAACUAAAUACAGGUACUGAUACUUGAUUGUUUGUUUAGAAUACAUUUUUUUCAAUUAGUAAUUGUUAAUUACUAAUAGAUAAGUGAUAGAUAUUGCUUUUAAAGACUAAAUCGUAGUUGGAUAUAGUUGUAAAAACGCUGCUGUACUUCAUUUGAGCUAGGUACGGCAUUGACUGGUGCAAUUUCUGUAUGAACGGUGAAGUUGUCCUUAAAUUCUCCUUUGUUUUGUAUCUUAACUUGAAGCUGCCCAAUUAUUUUCAGACUUGAAUUUGUUUAAGGUCAGUAUGUCUAGUCCUAACAAAGGUCGGCCAGUUGUCAGCCAUCAGCCCGUUCUUACUGGAAUUAAUUAAAAGUGGUCUUCUGCAGAAACAAACAUCUUGAAUAUUUGUACUAGCUUAUUAGCUUGUUAGAUGGUAGAACAGGUUCCUGGAGGUCUCCAGGUGGAAGGCAGAGAACUGAAAUGAACCAGGUAACCUGUGUUCUUUUCUCAGCUUUCAAAUCCAUCUCCCAAUAGGACUGAGUCUCCCCAGGGGAAUGUAGAUGUACUUACUGCUUGGAACUCUGUAGUUAAUUAUAUUUGGCUAUCUAAUUCUAAUAACUUGCAUGUGCACUUUGCUUGCUUGCUUUUCAAUAGCUGACAUAAGCCAUGGGAGAUCUUAGGGGUUUGUUUAAAAAUUGGCGAUGGGGUGGGAGAAAUCUGCCAGGUUAUGGACUGACUUGAACAAAAAACAUCCCAGCUUGUGGUUUAAAGGACUUGUUUAUAUAGCUCUAAAUGAAAUGAAUUGGAUAUCAUGUGUUUUCACAUUACACACUUGCAAGCAACAAAAAUAAUUACUUUUAACCCCACAUUUUAGCAAGGCUAUUUGGGAGAUGUCUUCCCCUGCUUUUAUUUUCAAUUAAAAAAAAACAAAAACAAAAACCUAAACAUUUAAUAAAGAGUGCUCAGCAUAUUAAUACCUGACUGAGAAAACUAGCAGAAUUUGAGUGACUUGCAUUGUUUUUUUAAUUACAGCUUUUUAAAACUGUAGAUACUUGCAUAAAGACCAUCAUUGGAUAUAGGUUGUUUUUCAAUGACAUAGCAAGAAGAGGACCAAGACAAGUAAACAAGUGCACAAUCUAAGUCUUUCUUAAAAUGCUUUACUGUUCUGGGAAGAUAUGUUGUCCUCCAUGCAGAUUCUGCUCUUCCUCUACUUGCUCUUAGCUGCUGUUUGUUUUCAUUAGCUGAACUAAAAUAAGAAACAAAGCCCUGAGACCGACCAGUUUCUGUCUCUCUAAUAUAUACACAAUGUACUUGCUUUUAACUUCAUCUACUGCAUGUUGUUAAUGCUGUACACAGAUGCAGUUGGAGUAUUUCUUUGGUGUUGUACAGCAUGAUGCAUUUCAUUCCCCUUUCUAGUUUACCUCCCAUUGGCUAUAUAUUGCUUUACAACUGGAAAGAACUGAGUUUUUGGGAAUUGAGUCUGUUUGCAUAUGAUUUUUUUUUUCCUGUGAGUCUUAUGAGAAAUGUCCUGCUUGGAGAGUCUCAGACAGUAUUUUCCUGUGUUUAUUCAUGUUAUUUUGCUUUAUUUUAUAAGUGGAUAUUGAUUUCUGAUGUGUUGUUACACUUAAUGUUGAAUAAAUCUGAUUUCCGUUUUGAAAAGUGAAA